UGACGCCACAGACUGAGGGAACAAACAAAGGACCAGGCGUCAAGAAAUGUAACAUCGAGUCAGCGUUUAAUUAAAAGCACGAUCGUAUGUAACAAAUAUUUGAAAAAAAUAAUAUGUUCGUUGUGGGUUAAAUCUGGGUGGUUGUAAUAUCUGACGCCGAACAUUGAGAUUAUAAAUUCGGUUAUUUUUGGACAUCGGCUUUUAUUUUGAAAUCUGUUCGUUUCUUUUGAGAUCUUUGAGGAUUUUCUCCUGAAGCUGUCAGAGAUACACAGGGUACCGUACAGCAGCCGUGCUGUUAUUGAAGCCGUGUUUAAGUUUGUUUUAUCGAUGGAGGCUCGGGAUUCCUGAGGGGAUUUUUUUUCAGAGUAAAACUACCCCAGGAUGUCGGCUGAGGAGGAGGAGAGGGGGGUAGUUCGAGUCAAAGUCAAGAAAUGUGAGGGAGAGCAGCCGGUGGAGUUCCGCUCUUUUGCUGUGGAUCCACAGAUCACAUCACUGGAGGUGUUGCAGCACAUCCUGAUACGAGCCUUUGAGCUCAAUGGAAGGCGCAAUUUUGGUAUUAGUUACCUGUCCCGAGAUCGCAUGGGAGCAGAGGUUUACCUCUCCCUUAUGUCUGAUUGGGAUUUAGAUGCAGCAUUUGUCAGUGCAGCUAAGCCUUACCUCCAGCUUAAGAUGGAUAUCAAACCUUCAGAAGACAGUCCAGUGCUUGAGGACUGGGACAUCAUAAGCCCGAAGGAUGUGAUUGGUUCAGAUCAGCUACAGGGGGAGAAGAGGUCACUGACGUCUACGGCUCUCCCCUUCACCCAGUCUCUGCUGUCCCAGGUUACUGAUGAUGUUCUUCACCCAGUCAGCCAGCUGUUUUACCAACCAGUGUCUGCUGCGUUCAGUCAGAUGGGUCGGACAUUGUCUAAAGUACAGCAGGCAUUAAGCUGGUCAUAUGGUGAGGAAGUUAAGCCAUUCAAACCUCCACUGAGUGACGCCGAAUUUCACAGUUACUUGAACAGCCAGGGACAGCUGACACGGCCAGAGGAGCUGCGGCUUCGCAUUUAUCAUGGCGGGGUCGAGCCGUCCCUGCGCAAGGUAGUGUGGCGUUACCUUUUAAAUGUUUACCCAGAUGGCCUGACAGGGCAAGAGAGGAUGGAUUACAUGAAGAGAAAAACAAGGGAAUACGACCAGCUGAAAAGUGAGUGGGCAUCCAGGGUGAGCCCAGAGGAUCUGGAGUUCAUUAGAGGAAAUGUUUUAAAGGAUGUGCUUCGAACGGACCGAGCCCAUCCAUACUAUGCUGGCUCAGAGGACAGUCCCCACUUGACUGCUUUGACCGACCUCCUCACCACAUUUGCCAUCACACACCCACAGGUGUCUUAUUGUCAAGGUAUGAGCGAUAUUGCUUCUCCGAUCCUUGCUGUUAUGGACAAUGAAGCACACGCAUUUAUUUGCUUCUGUGGUAUUAUGAAGCGUCUAGAAGGCAACUUCCACUCUGAUGGCCAACUAAUGUCUAUUAAGUUCCAGCACCUUAAGUUGCUCUUGCAAUACUCAGAUCCUGAAUUUUAUACUUACCUGGUCUCCAAAGGUGCUGAUGACCUCUUUUUUUGUUACCGCUGGCUGCUUCUUGAAUUAAAGCGGGAGUUUGCUUUUGAUGAUGCACUGAGAAUGUUGGAGGUGACCUGGAGCUCUCUGCCUCCAGACCCACCUGAGACUGAGGUUGAGCUUAUUGGGCUACCGCUUGAAGCAGACGAGUCCCCAAUUCAUGACAGCCGCUGCCCAAACUCAGAGAAUGAAAAGCUGGAAAAAGAACAGACAGAACAGCGGCGGCGACACAUGUUGAGGCCGUCCCGAGAAGAGGCAGACGGUGCACACGGUCUCAGCUUAGAGUCAGGGAGGAAGGAAGAGAAACCACCUGCUGGAGAGGAGAAAGACGUUUAUGUUCUGAAUUGUGCAGUAAAAACUGAAGGUCCUGCACAAGCACCUCUUUUUGAGAAGCAGUCCAGUUUUGGAGAAUUUAAGUACUACAGUGCACGAAACGAGGACAGUUUUGAAGCUAACGAAAAUGAAUCAACUGAUCCCACAGUAUCUUCAAUGAAGUUUCAGUCUAAACACUCAUUUCCUCUCACAGUCCGUCAGUCAACAGAGGAUAGUGAAGACGACCCUGGAGAGAGGCAGCCUUUGAUAAGCGAGAAUCAACCUGAAGAGAAAAACUCUUCAAGUGGGCAAACAGUUUCUCCACUUCCUCUAAGCUUACUGAACUGGAAAAAUGGCUCUCAGCUUGCUGCAACAUCUCCUUCAGUAUCUAGCUGGAGAGCAGUGUGUCCUGAUGCUCCAGGAUCAAAGUCGGUCUCGUCUUCAUUUACUGUGGGUUGUGCUUUAUCUCCUGAUAAAGCUUUGGGGAGAUUGUCUUCAACUGCUGUGUCUAAUGGAACUGGCGUGCACUCACCAUCAACCCCCACAGGGAAGUCUGCACUUUCCUCUCCAUCCCUGGGCAACAGCCGCUCACUGCUGUCUUCCCCUGUUUUGUCUUUUGCUAAAUCUCCCUCGCUACCCAAACCAUUCUCCAGCAACCUUUCAUCCCCAUGCAAACUUUCAGGAACUGGUCCAAACACUCCAACUACAGGCAAACCUGAUGCUAGUGGUAUUAAACCCUGUUCCCUUCCUCCUCCUCAAGAGUUUGGGAAGGGCAAUCCUUUCAUGUUGUUCUUGUGCCUCUCCAUCCUGUUGGAGCAUCGUGACCAUAUCAUUAAAAAUAGUUUGGAUUAUAAUGAGCUGGCCAUGCAUUUUGAUCGCUUAGUCCGCAAGCACAACCUUGGUCGAAUUCUUCAGCGUGCCAAGGCCCUGUUUGCUGAUUACCUUCAGAGUGAGGUGUGGGACUCAGAGGAAGGUGAUGAAGUCAGCUUGGAUUCACCAACCACAGCUGCAUCAUCACCACAAACAAUCCCCAAAAGUAGUUUUUCUAACCUGCAGUCCACAAUGGCCUCCCCACAAAACUCUACUUAUAAUCUGGCCACGACAAUCCCUUCCCCUACAACCCACAAUGAGCUCUCUAGCUCAUCCUCCUGAUGAAUUCUGUCUAAACAUGUUUCAUCCUGUAAUGAAUGCAAGUCAUAAUGUAUUCUAGUGUUCAUGAUAAGCUUUACUGGUUUUGUUUACAUGGCAAACCAAAGCUGGGCAAACGCUUCUUCUCUUAAUUAUCCUGACGGUAUUUGAUUUUUUUUGCACAGUAUACUUUUUAUACCUGUGUUGGCCUUUUAUAGUUUUUUUUUUUUUGCCCCCAAAAUUUUGCAUGCCACUCAUUGUACUGUACGUUACUUCUUGCACUUUAUUUUUUGUAAAUGUUAUGUUUUAUGUAAAUAAAAUCCCAAAAAAGUACAGCAUGAACAAUUGAAAACAAUGCUGGAUCGAUAUUUACCAUCCUGUAGACAUUGCCCUGGUCCAAUUAAUCUUCACUAUCCACUUAUGUUUAUUCAAGACUCCAUUGAGUAUUUUUGUUAUGUACAGCUAAAUAAUCCUCUUUUCCAGGCCUAGAUUUACUAUAUUCAGAUUGAUUAGAUUGCAUUUCCUGUUUCAAACAAGUCAAAUGUCUUGUGUGAUGUCCACUGGCACAGUUUUGGUUAACUGACGAUGAAUAUGUCUUGUGAAAAUGACCAUGCUUGCACUGAGACAGCAAAAGAAUUUAGUGGAUCUGAAUCAUUAAGAAUAUUUUUACAUGUGCUGUAUGUGCCUAUGGUUGUUCCAUUCAACAAGAGCACUGGCAAGUGUUUCAAUAGAUCACAAUUGUAUCAUUAGUUGUUCAACACCAUGGUUCUGAAGGUACAGCUCAAGUAGUAUUAUUAUCCAAAAAUGUCCAUUGAACCAGUUUUACCCACUCUUGUUUAAAAGUGCCUCAUUUCCUUGAACAUUUUUAAUUUAAUUUGCUGAACUUGCAGGAAUACGGUGGACAGAAAACGUCUACACAUCUCUUAAAAUGGCAAGUUUUUGUGAUGUAAAAAAAAAAUGAAAUCAAGAUAAAUAAUAUCAGAUAUUUUUCCCACCUUUAGUUGUUAUUGUUAUAUAACAGCCAAGUUUAAGUGAAUUAGUUAUGAAUCAGUUAUGAUUAAAGCAUGUUUUACUAGUAAUACAGUGCUCAGUCUUUUUGACACACUCCAUAUCGUGCAAUAUCAUGCUGCUAUUGAAAUGGAGGCUUGUAGAUUUUCUGCUGUUUUUUGUAUUGGCAUUAUCUUGACUAGAACACUAACCUAAGUUGGGGGGGGAGGGACAGCACUGUAGCACAAUGCUGCCACCACCAUGCUUCUCCAUGUGGAUGAUAUUCUUUGGUUGAUAAACCGUUGUUUUUUUUUGGUUUUUUUUGUAGCCAGCAUUCCUUUUGGUUCUAUCAUGGUUUCAUCACAUACUUUGUAGUUGAUUGUGUGUAGGUUUUGGGAAAAGGUAAAAUUUGUUUCAAAUUAUGGUUGGAUUAUUGUUAAUGAAGAAAUUCUGUUAUAUCCCUCUUAACCCCUUAUCAAUACAUUUUGACAAUAAUAUAUACUAUACCUGCUUUAGAAGCCAAGCAGUUUACCAAAUAAAGUUCAAUUGUUUCUGUAGGAUUUAUAUAUAUAAUUUAAAUUCAAUUGAACUUUAUUUGGGGCUAUUCUGGAUCACAUAGAUAGAGACAUCUGUUAUUCUGAGCAUAGUCAUAUGACCCAUCAUAAAAGGGUGUAUACACUACACGUAUGUGACCAGGUGACCAGAGGUUUCUUUAUCUUUCUAUUUUCGUUUCAUUUUUUUACAUCACGAAAUCUGACAUUUUGGUGCAUAGAGUUUUAAUAUGUUUAGUUUUUACAGAAUGUAAGUACAUUCUUGUUGUAUUGAAUUUAAGAUUCCAUACCUAACUUAACACCAAGUGUUCUUUUGUUUUCCUUUCUUCUUGGAAGUGCUGAAAUCCUUUCUAGACAUGGGCCAAAGGGAUUUUCUUUGAAAAUGCAAUCAUUGUGGGCCUUCUGUGUUUUAUUUAAAAUCUUUAUAGAACAUUAAAUUAUUCCCAUUGAGAGGUUUGCUGGACUGAAUACUAGCAAUACCUGUAUUUAUACAAAUAAAUUCAUCCAAGACCAA